CAUUGGCAAUAUUAUCAUAAAAAAGAACGUUUCAUUUCAUGAAAUCCUAUCACCAAAAGUUGAAAUCACAAAGUUUGCUUUAUUAACUUGGAAGAACGUUUAUACUACAGUAUAGAUUUUAGCUGGAAUGCGAUCUGCGAUACAAACGUUUUAUUAUUUAUUGUAUCAAUACGCUACAAAAAUAACAAGACUUUCGGUUUAAUUGAAGUGACAAUUAAAAACGAAGAGGAGCGACGGAACCAAUUCCAAAAUGACUUGAUUCCCAAAUGGAUAGAUCACUUCAUUCUCUCGCGAAUCAUAUUCGGAUGUCUUCUUGCCUGGAUAAAAGAUUCUAUGUAAUUUUAUUACUUGCUGCAAUUUCGAUAACUUCAAUGAUGAUUCUAUUGUUUGGAAAAGGAGAUUUUCUAUUCAAGGAAAGAGAGUUUAUUAUAAGAAAACGAGGUACCUUGCCAUGCAACUCGUCUGCAUCAAUCAUUUUAGACCUCGUCCAAUGUGCGUCGGCCCCAAACGAAUGUAUACUCGAUUCUUUUGUAUGUGACCUCAUACCAGACUGCUCCGACCAAUCAGAUGAGAGCAACGCAACGUGUAGCGGAAUUCCGAGUUGCAACGAGCGAGUUGUAGAGACCUGCAUGAACAACGGAUCAUGCGUGUCUCAUCCUCGUACCUCAAGACGUGUUGCAUACCACAGCUGCAAGUGCACAGAAGGGUACACAGGUGAACACUGUGAAGUCUUAGCCCCUACUACUACUACUACUACUACUACUACUACUACUACUACUACUACUACUACUACUACUACUACUACUGAAGCGCCCUCUAGUCUUAAAUUAUCUACUACUGCAGCUGAACCAUUUACCAGAACAGUUGGAACAUCGAAAACACAAAAACUUGAAACCAUUGAAAGUGGCAUCACAAACACUAAUGAUGUUAUGUCCACCGUGACCGAUUUCAUGCAUUCAUCGUCGCCUUCGUCUCCACCAACAUUCCCGCAACUUACAUCGGUAAGAAUGGAAACGGAGGCCAAAGCUACUUCUGUCUUCACGGAAAUGACGGGAGGACCUACCCUUGGGUCGCAGGCUACAACUACGACAUUACUUGGUGAUUCUACUACAGUAACUGCCCAUUCUACUGAUGAUAUUUCUAGCACUGCUACCAUCGCAUCUACAGAUACAACAUUUACCAUCACCAACAUUGCCACAACUGUCCCUGCAACUGCGAGGUCCUUAUCACCAUCAACAAUACCAUCGGCAUUAACACUAUCGAAACUCCCAUUGACAACAAGUGAUGGUCAACCUAAAGAACCAACUACAGAUUCUAAGCCCCCGGAGAUGACGUCGCCAUCCCUAUCAACAUCGCAAUGGUUAUCGACACCAGAUGGGAAAGAAGGUUCAACUACUUUCGAAGGCGCCCCUGAUGGCACGGCUACCCCGACGACACCGCCGCUUACCGAUGUCUUCCUACAACCUACGAGCCAGGUGUCAACUUCACCGACCAGGGUGACGAUUCAACCCAUCACCGAACCCAAAGAUCCAAUAACCCCGAAUAAAGUCUCAUUUGUUUGUGAUGAGGUGGACCGCACACUCUCUGUUGUGGAAUGUGCCACACCAAAUGAAUGUACCAUUAAUAUAUUCGUGUGUGAUGGGGUCUCUGACUGCAGCGACGGGUCUGACGAAAGUCUUGCCACUUGUCUUGGAGAACCAGCUUGUGACCACGAACCGAAGCAUGUGUGCGAAAAUGGAGGUACAUGUUUAUCGAAACCCAUGACAAGUCAGAGGGUUGCUCACGUCACUUGCCUUUGUGAACUCAACUUCAGGGGAGAGACAUGCCUCGAGGAAGUAGAUCUAACUACCUCGUCAUCUCCGUUAUCAUCGACACCGUCGGCUUCGACUUUGUUGUCGAGUUCCCAGUCCGAGGUAAUAACAGUUGAAAAUACUCCCGCAACUGUGUCUGCAACCCAGGACACAGAAGGAACACAAAACACUGUCGUGUCUUUAACGACCGAGAUAACCACUACAGUAAUAGUAGAGACAUCAAGGAAUAUUGAAGAAUCAUCUCCUUCUCUCACAACAAAUCCCGUCACGAGGACGAUCAGCAAUUCUCCUGCUACAGAUGAAUCUACAACUGAAAACGCAGAGGUCAUGUCGUCGUCAAAGGAUGUAACAUCUGGAAACUCGUACACGACAGCAACUGAAGUGAUUACAAGCUAUGCCACUGCGUUGACUACAAUAAUGUUUCCCUCCACUUCGCAGGAUUUGGCUACAGACACAAAACCCAUUUCUGAGUCAUCAGGCACACCUGUCAGCAGAACCAUCACUCCUAUCCCUUUCACAUCAGAUACUGAAACCCAGACAUGGACACCAAAGUCCUCACCCACAUCGGAUAGAACAAUUACUACUGAAGAUGUGCCACUUGUGUCUGACAUGAUCACUGAUCAUCUUACAACAGAAUAUGAAGAUUUGACGAUAGUUACAGAGAUUAUCACCAUCCCGGUGUCAAAUACUGAUGAUGUUACCAAUGGCAAUGCGGACACUAUAACUGGUGAAGGGUUGGGGACAGAAUCGAGUGCUAUUACAGAAGUAUCAACCCAACUCCCAUCACUUAGAACAUCCACUCUGAUGAUUCCCACUGUGGAUCCUAGCCAAACAAUCACAGAUUUCGAAAAAGAAAGUACAGAAACAGUAACUACCUUUGAUGAAACCACAGAAACAUCAACAACUAAUAAAACGCAAUCAGCAACAGAUUCAACAACAGAUAUUAGGAAUACCGAAAGCACUCUUGGUAAUACAACGAUUUCAGAAGUAGAUGAAUCACCAGCCUACUCUACGUCCACACCGUUUGAAGUAACUGGUACUCAAAGUGACACAACUUCUACAAAGGAAAGUUCGGACUACACAACGACAACUGAAGGCACUCAUACUUUUGAAAGAGAAACAGAUUACCCAAUGAAGAGAACAACAGAAGUCUCUGGUACUCAAAGUGAUAUAACAAUUAUGGUUUCUGAUGGUAAAACUAGUCACACAGUGGGUAAAGCAACUGAAGCAUCAUCUAGUACUCAAAGUGAUACAACACUUUCCACAAGAAAUACGGACUACCCAACGGUUAAAACAACUGAAACCUCAAGUACUCAAAGUGAUGCAUCAAUAUCAUCAGAAGGUAAAACAGACUACAAAAUGGUUAAAACAACUGAACCCUUUACUAUUGCAAGUGAUACAAUUUCCAGAGAAGGUAACACCAACUACACAAUCGCCACAACAACCGAAAACACUAACACUCACAUUGAUAUGUCUUCUGUCACCAGCCUGCAAUCAACACAUACGGCUACCCAAUCAACUCACUCAAUUGAAACAACUGAACUCAUUACCACACAUGCAGAUACUCAAAUAUCAGGACUUGAUCCCACAGAUGACGCAAAAACCAAGAGAACAUCGACAGUGACACUGACGUCAUUAUUAUUGUCUACAUCGGCAGGACAAACAACAGAAAGGAAGGCAUCAAUGACCACUGAAGAAGAAGAUGACCGAAGCACACAUUUUGGAAGUACUACAUAUAAAAAAACUGUCACAUCGAGGUUUGAGACCUCAAAGUCAUUUUCAACAACCGACACGUCGUCAUCAACUACCGAUGGCAGAUCACCCUCGUCCGAAAGAGUCGUGUUGAUAGUAUUAUUAUCAACCGCUGCUGUUAUCGUGUUCUCAAUCGCCUGUCUGAUCAUCGUCGGGUGUUGCAUCGCGAGGAAAUGGCGGGAAAAGAACUUUUAUCCAGAUGAUGAUCAAACACCUCUGAGGUCCCCGCAAACAUAUUCACAGCAGAGUAAUAGAGGAAGGAAAUACAUUUAUGGUCAAAAUCACCAGGAAAACAACAAGCCAAGCUUCGCCCAUCGGUUGAAGCCGUUUCAGUCAACCAAAGUAGAAUACGAGUCCGACUUAACCUACGCACCGUCUCUCUCCUCUCCAUCGCCGACAACACUUUCCAUAAUAAACGACUACUUUGAACAAAUGCACAGUGUCUACAACGGCCUCGAACCUGAUGGUAUUCGAAACAACUCUACGGAACGAUAUUAUGAAGGAACCGAUUUGGGAAGUGAAAGUUUCGAGAUGAGGUUUUUCCCGGAUACCGAGUAUUGGAUGCCGUCAAGCUCAAGUGAUGUGACGGAUAUCCCGUAUUACAUAACCGAUGAUGCACCUCUGCCGGUUUCCCAUGUAUAGAAGUACCAUUGAAUCAGCCGGUAUCACGUGACAAAGUAUGGACCAAUCACGCAUUGUAUUUAGGAAAGCAAAUUAUACAUUAAAAAAAACUUAGAGAGCGAUUCCUUACAAUCACGAUAUGUCUUACCGGUUUCUCAUAUCUGAAACUUAUAUGAUGACAGAAUAUUAGACAUUUGAAAUUAUUGACAUGAAGAAAUAUGAACAAAUUCCUGGAAAUUUCACCUACAUGUAUAAAUGGCUGUAUAUAACAAAGGACAUGCAGGAGACAAUAUUCCUAAAACAAAUAUAGAACCAUAAUAAAGGAUGUGGACCACCAUGAAUAUCAUCGUCAUAGAACGU